AUGAAAGGGUUAGCUCGAAGCUACUUAUGGUGGCCAGGGUUAGACCAAGAUAUUCAGAAUCUUGUAAACCAAUGUGAAACAUGUCUGUCUGUCAGAAACAAACCACCUCUAGCACCACUCCAAACAUGGGGGUGGCCAAGUCGUGUUUGGCAGAGGUUGCAUGUUGAUUAUGCUGAGUUAAAGGGUCAACAUUUGUUCAUUGUUAUAGACAGUCAUUCAAAAUGGGUAGAAGUGUAUCCAAUGAAAAUUACCACAACAAACAAAACUCUUGAUAUUUUAAGAAGACUAUUUAGUUCUUAUGGGUUACCCGAAGAGAUAGUCUCGGAUAACGGGCCCCAGUUUAUCUCUAGUGACUUUGCCGAGUUUAUGAAUAGAAAUGGUAUAAUACAUAAACGUGUAGCGCCAUAUCAUCCUGCUUCUAACGGGGCAGCGGAACGUACCGUUCAAAUUGUGAAGAAGGCGCUAAUUAAGCAAUUACUUUAUCCUAAUCCACGUAAACGAAACUUGUCAUUACACCACAAGUUAGCAAACUUCCUUAUUACUUACCGUAAUAGUCCUCAUACCACGACGGGUAGAACACCCGCAGAGUUAUUUCUAAAGAGACAACCUAGAACUAGGUUCUCAUUACUGAAGCCUAAUCUGGCUCAAGAAAUUGAUAGGAAGCAAGCUAAACAAACUGAGUAUCAUGACAAGGGUCGUGUACAAGAACGGAUAUUGCAUGUAGAUGAUAGAGUUAGAGUCAAGAGUAAUGUAGGUGGACUAGUUAAAUCGUUGCCUGGGAAGGUAACCAAGGUUUGUGGUUCUCGUACCUAUUUGAUAUACAUGUAUAACAAUUGUAAGAUUCGAUUUGUACACAUAGACCACAUAUUGAGUUCCAAAGAGAAGGGGGUACCAUGUAGGUCUGCAGACAAUCCCUCAGUAGACGUACAAGUCCCACUGAUUAGUCCAGAAGGACUUCCGAUAGAGGUUCUGGAUGGUCCAGAAAAAUCCGAAAAUGGGAAAGGGACUCCGGGUCAGAAGGACCAGGUUCCACUAAGUGUGGAUCCACAAAUUGCUGAUAUUCAUCCAAGCCCUCUGGUACCUAGUGCAGGAAUUGCUCAGGAGAGGCGCUAUCCUGUAAGAGUCC